AUGAUGUCGAAAAUACUGUCUGUUUUUCGUAAGAAGCAACCAGUGAGUACUAAAAGUUUAUUGAGACGAAGUAUUUCAGAAAAAGAUAUACGAAAUGAACAUUAUAAAAUCAUUUGGUUGGAUCAAAAUGCAAACGACAAUAAAAGUGAUUCGAUGCGAACAAAAAUGCUUUUAAAAAGUAUAAACAAUGAUCAAUGUUCAUUUUUUGACGAUAAAGACAAAUUCAUUAAUACAAUUCAAACAUCUGAUACUCAACAGUUAAAAACUCUCUUAAUUCUAUCCGGUCAAUUUGCUAAAGACAUUUUAAACAAAACUGUUUCAUCUUCAUUUCAACAUAUUGAUGAAAAACUUCCAUCUGUGAUUAUCUUUUGUCAAGAUUAUAAUAAAUAUAAAUUACUUGCAGAUACCAAUCGAUGGUUUAAUGUAGUUGAUGUUUGUACUGAUCAUGAAAGUUUAAAACAAAGUAUUCUUCGUGUUCUUCCAUCUUUAAGAUUUAAUCUUUUUCCAGCUCAAAAAUUGAUUUCAACAAGAAUGUUAACAUCAUCUCCAAUGACAAUUGAUGAUAAUUCUUAUUUCUCCUAUCCGUUGUUUGUUGAUCUUCUCUCGACAAAACGAUCAAAGAAAAAGAUAAAAAAUCAUGAAAUGGAAAUACAGAUUAUGGUUAAUAAAUGUCGUGAUUUUUAUCGUGGAAAUAAAAGUGAAUUACAACGUAUUGAAGAAUUUCAACGAACUUAUACUUCAUCGAAAGCAAUUGAAUGGUAUACUCGAGAUAGUUUUGUCUAUCGAUUGAUUAAUCGAGCAUUUCGUACUGAAGAUAUGUCUUUAUGGUAUUUAUUUCGUUUUUAUUGUCUUGAUCUUUCAAAUGAAUUGAAAAAAUUGCAAGAAAAACAAAAUAUUUCCAAAGGUUUUCUCGUUUAUCGUGGUCAAUCUCAUUUACCUGUUAGUGAACUUACGAAAAUAAGAGAUAAUACAGGUGGAUUAAUUUCAACAAAUGGAUUUCUUUCCACAUCGAAAUUAAUCGAUGUUGCACUCAAUUUCAUCAUAUCUGCAGAAAAUACCGAAGAAUUCCGAGUUGUUCUUUUCGAAAUCGAAAUCGAACCAUUUAGUCGAAAUAGUUGUAUCUUUGCUGAUAUUCACGAUUAUCCAAAACAUGGAGAACAUGAANGAUUUCUUUCCACAUCGAAAUUAAUCGAUGUUGCACUCAAUUUCAUCAUAUCUGCAGAAAAUACCGAAGAAUUCCGAGUUGUUCUUUUCGAAAUCGAAAUCGAACCAUUUAGUCGAAAUAGUUGUAUCUUUGCUGAUAUUCACGAUUAUUCAAAACAUGGAGAACAUGAAAUUCUGUUCAAUAUUGGUUCAACAUUCGAAAUUAUCAAUGUAAAAGAUGAAGUAAAUACUUCUUCAUUUAAUGAGAACAACAAUUCAUUAACACAUAUCAGAAUGAGAACAACAAAUACAAAAAUCGAUGAAACACAUAAAUGUUUUGAUCCAACAAAAUUACGAAAUGAAAAUAUUGAAAUCUAUUUUGGUCGUUUAUUAAUCGAUUUAAAUCAAUAUGAAAAAGCGGAAUCGUAUUUUCAAAUGAUGUCACAUAUUUUACCAAAAAAUCACAAAGACAUCGCUUCUGUUCACGAUCAUCUCGGUCAUCUUCAUUUACAAACAACAAAUUGGCGUGCUGCGUAUAUUUGUCUCAAUUUUGCUCGAAAUCUCAAACAAAAAAAUCAUCCUAUUACACAUCCUGUUUUUGAAACGACUUUCAACGGACUUGCCAAUUAUUAUAAAGCUAUUCAAAAUUAUCCCAAAGCACUUAUCUAUUAUGAAAAAGCAUUGAAAUGUCAUGGAAUUCAUCCAAUCAGUAUUGCAAUUAUCAAAUUAAAUCAAGCUUCUAUUCACAUUCUUAUGAAAAAUUAUACAACUGCACUUAAACUACGUUGUCAAGCAUUUGAGAUUUUGAUCAAAACUCAAUCAACACCGGAAUUAGCGAUUUUACAUUAUAAAGGAAUUGUGGGUGAUUUGUAUUUGGCUCAACAAAAAUAUUCAGCGGCAACUCAAUUUUAUAAAGAAGCAUUGGAAUCAAGUGAAAAAAUAUUAUUAAUUGGUGAUCUAUGUCGAGUACAUUCAACUUUAGCUUUAAUUGAAUGUUAUCGUCGACAAAUGGAUAUCAACAAAGCGGAAUCAAUGUGUAACGAACAAAUUCUGUUCUAUGAAACUCAUUUGACUCGUGAUUAUUCAAGUGUUGCAUAUUUUAAAAUAAAACAAGGCGAACUUUAUGAUAAUGAUAAAACUAAGAUUUCAUUACAAUUGAAACUUUAUGAAGAAGCAUUGAAUAUACUUCAAAAAAAUACUCAUUUACAUUAUGAAAAAACGAUUCAAUGUCUCAUACUUGUUGCUGUUCAUCUUAUGAAUUAUCAACAUGAAUAUGAAAUAGCUGCAGAUCGUUUAAAAUCUGCAUUAUAUUUACAAGAGAAAAUUUAUCCAAAAUCUCAUUCAAUUAUUGAAAAAACAAAGAAUCUUAUUGAUCAAUGUAAUAAUAUGAUUUAUCCAGUAAAGACCAAUGAAACAUCUCUAUAG